UCGGCGCUCAGGACUCGAGUAGUUCAGGUAGUUUCAGCGCGACUCGCUGCUCUCAUGACCUUCAUCUGAUGGAGCUCGAACUUUCCGCCCUCAUCAUCACAACAUUCACUGCUCUGUUUGCUCAGCUUAGAGUCCAGCACUAGGGACAGAUAUAGUGUAGAUUAAUGAAGAGAUUUCCAGUUGAGCUGCGAUGGGGCAGAAUCAGGUACUUCACUUCUUGUGUUUGUGGGGCCAGUUUGCGGUCGUGAUCGGAGAGGCUCUUUGUAGCAGAGCUCCACAGUUUAAGCCCAGUGUGGAUCGGACAGAGGUGUGGGGGGCUUUGAGUACCAGUGUUGAAUUGAACUGCACUGCACUGAUGGUCUACAAUAAGAGUGAAUUUGACUGUGAGGCCAAUCUACGGUGGAGAAAAGAUGGACAACCUCUGACCAACCUCAGUGCCAUCACCCAGAACACCUCCCAGUGGCUUACCGCUGAUGGCCAGAAGAUUGUGAGCAGUAUUCUGACAGUGAACUUGAAGAAUCAGGCAGAUUUUGGUCUCUACUCUUGUGAAAUAUGGAACAGCACAGUCUCGUUCAGCCUUCAGAGCACCACUUUCCCCAGUCACACAGGGGCAGUGGUGGCAUCAGUGAUCAUGCUGAUAGCAUUAGUCCUGAUUGCUUUUAUCUAUUCCAAGUGCCACCUCAGCUUCAAACUCUGGUAUAAAAACAAAUAUGGAGACUAUGAAAUCAAUGAUGGCAAAAUGUAUGAUGCCUACAUCUCUUACGUAAACAGUGACAAUGACCGGAAGUUUGUAAAUUUUAUCCUGAAACCUCACCUGGAGAAUAAGUGUGGGCACAAAUUACUCCUCAACGACACAAACAUUCUCCCUGGAGCAGAGCCAUCUGCAGAAUUGGUGAUGGACAGUAGUCGUUGUCGGCGGCUCAUCGUGGUGCUGUCGCAGUCCUAUCUGGAGCAAGAGUGGUGCACCACCAACUUCAGACAGGGGUUAUUUCAUCUGCUGGAGAUCUCUCGGAAGCCCAUUUUCAUCAUCUUCCAGUCUCAGCAGAAGCAUGUGAGUCUGGAUGUUAUCCAACAACUCAGAGAGCACCAGGCACGCAUCACUACUUUAGUCUGGAGAGCACACUCUAUGACCCCAUCUUCUGGGUUUUGGAAGGAGUUGGCUUUGGCCAUGCCACGGAGGGUGGUGUUCCAUGCUAAGACAGCUGGAGACCCCCAGACUCUACUCCAGGAUGAUAAGGACCCCAUGCUCACCCUGCAGCCUGAUUACUUGGACUGUAGACCAGACCCAGACCCUGCUGGAGACCUUGGCUUACGGUUGCCUAUCUACAAGACCCUGCCUUCCAAAGCUCCAGUACUCCCUGCAGCUCCUGAUCCCACAGCUGAGGCCAAAGCUCCUGAGAUAGAUGUGUCUGACCUGGGCUCCAGGAGCUAUGCUGCCAGAACUGAUUUUUACUGUUUGGUUACUGAGGACGAUAUAUAAGCCUCAAGCACUCACUCCUGUGUUCUCCUUUACUCCACCGUGUCCAGGGCAAAAUGCAAGCCCUCAAUCAUUUCACCCUUUCUUUGUGUGAUCUGUGAAAAUGUAUGUAUUCAGAAGACUGCAUGUGACCAGAUUAGAAGAAUUGAGCUCUUCAUUUACUUAUAAUUAUUUCAUUACUUAAGGACUCAAGUUUAUGAAGGUUCAUCAUUCUCACCUCCAUCUCCUUUCAAUAAUCUGAAUGUGUGCCAUUUUGAAAAUGUUCCUGAGAGGCCCAAACAAAAGCCCUUCUAAUUCUAUAUAAUAAUGUAAAAGAAUGUAGUUUACAGAAUGGCUAUAUGUAUGUUAAGUUUGAACACCCCCAGUCAUACCAGAUAUUCACAUUGCAAGUUAAAUUAAGUUCACACAUCAUGUUGCUGCUGUUAAAACAAAAUUGUGUGUCUCCAAAACACUUUCAAAUUAGGUCAAAAACUGAAAAAUAACAAAAAUGGAGAUGCGUAGUUUUGUUCUGUCAGCAGCGAUAUAUACAGGAAAAAGGUUUCUACAAAUUUUAGUGCAUUUUUUUUCCC